AUGCAUGGAGCAUCUGGAUCUGGCGCACGCCAUCGCGCUUCCUACGCCUACAGCACGAGCAGCUUCGAGGCCAGCGGCGUGCUCAAGCUGAGGUUGUACACGGGACCCCAGUGCUCACUAUGCGAUGACGUGAAGGAGGUCAUUGACUCUGCGCGCAAGGAAGCACCUGCAUUCACAUUGGAGCUCUUCAACAUCCGGGACGACUCUUUGUCAGACGUGCACAAGUGGCGGCGGCUCUACCAAUAUGACAUUCCGGUUCUGCAUUUGAAUGGCGAGGAGAUAGCGCGUCACAGUCUGGACAAGGGCAAAUUCAUUGCUGCACUGCAGGCGCAUCAGAAGGUCGCAAAAAGUGGCGGCCAAGAUUGA